AUGGAGGACACAUCGGAUCAGGAGUUUGUGUGGAGGAGUAUGAGUGUGAUCCUGGAGGAGACUGAAGAGUUUGAAGAGGAAGAGGACCAUAUCUUGGAGGAGGCCGAAGAGCAGCACUUCUCCUCCAGCCAAGACUGCAGAUCCUUCAACGAAUCACAGAUGUACAAAUCUGAGACGUUGGAGCAGCUGAUCAGAGAAGAUGAUCCUCAAGAUACGGAACAGGGGGAAGAUGGCGAGGACAGCCUCCAUGACAGUGGCGUUCGACAAAUGACGUCGAAUACCGAUCCUGAAGAGUCAAAGGAAGGGCUCCAGAGCUAUGUUAAAAUCAUCAGAGAAUCAGCUGUGGAAGUCAAAGACAAAGACAAGCUGAUUGAGGAGCUCAGAAAUUCUGCUGAAGUGAUCAAAAAGCAGAGAGAAGAGGAAGGAUCCUGGGACGUGGCUGGAGUAAUGGCACUGAAGGAGUGCCUUGCCAUGCAGGAGGCGGAGCGUCUCAAGAAAGAUGAGAUAAUCCAAUCCCUGCACCUUGAAAUUAUCAAUUUAAAACAGUACAGGCAAGUAAAUCCUGAAAUCGAGGCACUGAUGAGCCGCCUUGCAGAGGAACAGGAGGAAAGAGAGCAGGAAGUAAAAUCUCUGAACGUCGUUAUUCAGGCGCUACAGACUACAGUGGAGGAUGGAAACCAGAUGGUUUCUGCUCUGCAGGACAAAGUCGAACAGUUGGCAUCAGACCUCAGAACCGAACAACACAAAAACAGUUCUCUUCAGAGGGACUAUGAGGCUGCUGUCUUCCAGGGUCAGAGGGAUUUACAGAAGUCAGGGGACCUGGUUUCCUCACUGCAGAGGGGAGUCGAACAGUUGGCAUCAGACCUCAGAACCGAACAACACAAAAACAGUUCUCUUCAGAGGGACUAUGAGGCUGCUGUCUCCCAGGGUCAGAGGGAUUUACAGAAGUCAGGGGACCUGGUUUCCUCACUGCAGGAGAAGGUCGAACAGAUGGCAUCAAACCUCAGAACCGAACAACACAAAAACAGUUCUCUUCAGAGGGACUAUGAGGCUGCUGUCUUCCAGGGUCAGAAGGAUUUACAGAAGUCAGGGGACCUGGUUUCCUCACUGCAGGAGAAGGUCGAACAGUUGGCAUCAGACCUCAGAACCGAACAACACAAAAACAGUUCUCUUCAGAGGGACUAUGAGGCUGCUGUCUUCCAGGGUCAGAAGGAUUUACAGAAGUCAGGGGACCUGGUUUCCUCACUGCAGGAGAAGGUCGAACAGUUGGCAUCAGACCUCAGAACCGAACAACACAAAAACAGUUCUCUUCAGAGGGACUAUGAGGCUGCUGUCUCCCAGGGUCAGAGGGAUUUACAGAAGUCAGGGGACCUGGUUUCCUCACUGCAGGAGAAAGUCGAACAGUUGGCAUCAGACCUCAGAACCGAACAACACAAAAACAGUUCUCUUCAGAGGGACUAUGAGGCUGCUGUCUUCCAGGGUCAGAGGGAUUUACAGAAGUCAGGGGACCUGGUUUCCUCACUGCAGAGGGGAGUCGAACAGUUGGAAUCAGACCUCAGAACCGAACAACACAAAAACAGUUCUCUUCAGAGGGACUAUGAGGCUGCUGUCUCCCAGGGUCAGAGGGAUUUACAGAAGUCAGGGGACCUGGUUUCCUCACUGCAGAGGGAAGUAGAACAGUUGGCAUCAGACCUCAGAACCGAACAACACAAAAACAGUUCUCUUCAGAGGGACUAUGAGGCUGCUGUCUCCCAGGGUCAGAAGGAUUUACAGAAUUCAGUGGGCCUGGUUUCCUCACUGCAGAGGGAAGUCGAACAGUUGGCUUCAGACCUCAGAACCGAACAACACAAAAACAGUUCUCUUCAGAGGGACUAUGAGGCUGCUGUCUUCCAGGGUCAGAAGGAUUUACAGAAGUCAGGGGACCUGGUUUCCUCACUGCAGAGGGAAGUCGAACAGUUUGCUUUAGACCUCAGAACCGAACAACACAAAAACAGUUCUCUUCAGAGGGACUAUGAGGCUGCCGUCUCCCAGGGUCAGAAGGAUUUACAGAAGUCAGGGGACCUGGUUUCCUCACUGCAGAGGGAAGUCGAACAGUUGGCAUCAGACCUCAGAACCGAACAACACAAAAACAGUUCUCUUCAGAGGGACUAUGAGGCUGCUGUCUCCCAGGGUCAGAAGGAUUUACAGAAGUCAGGGGACCUGGUUUCCUCACUGCAGGAGAAAGUUGAACAGUUGGCAUCAGACCUCAGAACCGAACGAGGAAAAAACAGUUCUCUUCAGAGGGACUAUGAGGCUGCUGUUUUCCAGGGUCAGAAGGAUUUACAGAAGUCAGGGGACCUGGUUUCCUCACUGCAGGAGAAGGUCGAACAGUUGGCAUCAGACCUCAGAACCGAACAACACAAAAACAGUUCUCUUCAGAGGGACUAUGAGGCUGCUGUCUCCCAGGGUCAGAAGGAUUUACAGAAGUCAGGGGACCUGGUUUCCUCACUGCAGAGGGAAGUCGAACAGUUGGCAUCAGACCUCAGAACCGAACAACACAAAAACAGUUCUCUUCAGAGGGACUAUGAGGCUGCUGUUUUCCAGGGUCAGAAGGAUUUACAGAAGUCAGGGGACCUGGUUUCCUCACUGCAGGAGAAGGUCGAACAGUUGGCAUCAGACCUCAGAACCGAACAACACAAAAACAGUUCUCUUCAGAGGGACUAUGAGGCUGCUGUCUUCCAGGGUCAGAGGGAUUUACAGAAGUCAGGGGACCUGGUUUCCUCACUGCAGAGGGGAGUCGAACAGUUGGAAUCAGACCUCAGAACCGAACAACACAAAAACAGUUCUCUUCAGAGGGACUAUGAGGCUGCUGUCUUCCAGGGUCAGAGGGAUUUACAGAAGUCAGGGGACCUGGUUUCCUCACUGCAGGAGAAGGUCGAACAGUUGGCAUCAGACCUCAGAACCGAACAACACAAAAACAGUUCUCUUCAGAGGGACUAUGAGGCUGCUGUCUUCCAGGGUCAGAAGGAUUUACAGAAGUCAGGGGACCUGGUUUCUUCACUGCAGAGGGAAGUCGAACAGUUGGCAUCAGACCUCAGAACCGAACAACACAAAAACAGUUCUCUUCAGAGGGACUAUGAGGCUGCUGUCUUCCAGGGUCAGAAGGAUUUACAGAAGUCAGGGGACCUGGUUUCCUCACUGCAGAGGGAAGUCGAACAGUUUGCUUUAGACCUCAGAACCGAACAACACAAAAACAGUUCUCUUCAGAGGGACUAUGAGGCUGCCGUCUCCCAGGGUCAGAAGGAUUUACAGAAGUCAGGGGACCUGGUUUCCUCACUGCAGGAGAAAGUCGAACAGUUGGCAUCAGACCUCAGGAGAGAACAGGUAAAAUAUACUGCUGUUCAGAGGGACUGUGAGGUCGCAGUCUCUUGCGGUCAGAGGGAUUUACAGAAGGCCACAGAACUGGAGACAAUGGUUUCCUCACUGCAGGAGAAAGUGGAACAGUUGGCCUCAAACCUGAAAAGAGAACAAGACAAAAACAGUUCACUUCAGAGGGACUAUGAGGCUGCCGUCUCCCAAUGUAGGAUGUACAUCCAGAAAUCAGAAGACUUGGAAAACAUGGUGUCAGACCUAAGGAGAGAACAAGCCAAAAGCUGUUCUGAAAUCCAAAGACUGAGCGAUGAACUUCAACUUGCACAGCUCGCCAAAAAACGACUACAGAGCCAUGGAGAAAGUGAGUUGGCUAAUGCGAUGGAGAAGAUCAGACUUCUAGAGAAGGAACUUGAUGAAAAAUCCCGGGCUUUAGACAGGAGUAUUACUGCUGAAAAAAUCUAUCAGUCUGCCCUGAACGAUGAAAGGAUGCACUUUGAUCGUAUGUUUUUACAAAAGCAGGAUAGAGACGGUGUAAAGGCAGACCUCCAGAACCAGCGGAGACACACUACUGAGUCCUUGGAGUGUCAGGACACGAGGACAUUGUUGGAGGAAAACAAAGACAUCAGGACCAAGUUCAGCAAAUUGAAGUCCAUGUUCUGCCAUCUCUAUGAACGCUAUGAAGCCAAGAACAAGAUCACGUCUGACAAUGGGCUCACCAUCAGCAACCUCCAAACCAAGAUUGAAGAGUUCAAGGCUUCGCAGGUUGAGAGCGCAGCGAGAAUGGCGGCGCUCAAAGGUGAACUCAGAGAAGAGAGGAGGUGUAACUUUGAGCUGCAGCAGAGAGUGGAUGAAGUCGUCUCUGACCUCGAGGACGAAAGAACCGCGCAUUUCAAACAGCGACUGGAGCUACAGGAAGCUCUGAGUAAGAACAUCUCCUAUCAGGAGGAGAAUCAGAGACUGACUGAGGCUCUAAGGGCGAAGAACUCCAGCUUCAUGUUCACCAACCUCCAGAUGCACACACCCUACAUUCAGUCAUUCAACCCGUCUGGAGAUGUGGAGCUCAGGCUCACCAGGCAGCAGUUUGAACUGGAUGAAAACAAGGAGGAGAUACGCAGGCUGAAGAGUCAGUGCCUGGAGCUGGAGAAGAAGAAUCUCAGCAUGACUAACACAUAUCGAAAGCUGCGUUAUGAUCACAAUGACCUCAAGCGCAGACAUGAUAUGCUUCUCACAGACAGCAGUCUCCGCUGA